AUGAGUGCUAGUAACCGCUCACGCAAUUUAACUGACAGCCGUGCUAUGCUAAAUAUAUCGUUGGGCAUAGUUAUCAACAUACAACAGAACAGGCAUCGCACAGACGGAUAUAUGAAUUCAGAAUGGUGUAGCAGAACAGAUGAAGAUGACGACGAUGAUGAAAGCAAUACAUACGAUAGCGACGAGGACGAUUGUAAGCGGUUUAUAGAUGAGAUGCUCCAUCGUGAACAAAAUAUAACACCAAUACCUGCUCCUCGAUAUUUAUCACAGCAGAAACAAGAACAAAUUUCUCAGAAUGAAAAUGAGCAGCAGAACCAGCAAAAAAGUGUGCAACCUCAACAACGCAAGUUACAACAAACAGACUCUUCUAAACUCUGGCGCCGUAAAAAUUUUGCAGAUUCAAAUAACUUUUCCAUCUCGGAAGUCGUUGAUGUUCCAGAUGACGGCAUUUUAAUAAAAACAGUUAGUGCAGGUUUGAACAGCAAACCUCAACCGUUUAAUGAAACAUCGGAAUAUUUGUCAAUUGACAGUUUGUCACAAUUAUUCUACCCAACAGAAGAAAUAGUUGGAACAGUUGUUUCUCUUGGGAUCAACGUUAAAUCUUUGAAAAAUGGCGAUAAGGUUUUGUUGAUGGCAACAAUGGGAUGUAAAAAUUGCGAGUUUUGUUCUGCUUUUGAAAAUGUCCACAUGUGUGAAAAACAAACUUUUUCUUUCAUUAGUUUGGACGACCUGAACAACUACAAAUGCGAUUCUGUCGUUGUUGGUGAACUGUACUUGGUGUACGAUUGGCAAUGUGCAGUGAAACUUCCUAGCAAGAUUCCAGAUGAAAUUGGUUGCUUGUUAGGUGGAAGGGUUCUGCAAUUGUACGAGAUCAUUAAACGGUCGCAGCAAUUCUUAGAAGAGUCAAUAAGACGCAAAGGUUUCGCAAAUUUCUUGUGGCUGUUGUUCGAAGACUCGGAAACUUCUUCACUUUCCUCAGCAGUUGCGUCAUCGUCGCCGUCAUCGUUAACAGCAUCAACAAUGCAAAUAAUGCACAUAUGGUGUAUGUUUUUGAUUAAACAAGUUUUCUGCAAUGACAACAUCAAAUUCACGUGUGCCAGCAACUUGGUUUCUGUUAUAAAAAUGGCCGGUCAAUGUGGUUUCGAUGACGUCAUAGAAUUGGACUGUAAGAUGUCCGAUGAUGAGGUCGUUCGAAGGAUAACAAUGGACGGAUGCAACAAGAUGGACAUGGCGAUCGUGGUGGAUGGUCCCGAUCAUGUGAUCGCCAACAACAUCAGCACCCACGACGCAGCGUUGAUGUGUCAGUCGGAUGCGUCAAAACGGUCAGUAUGUAAAAACUCAUUCAUCUCGCUGCAAAUCGCCAUGAAAUGUUUGUCUCAUGCCGGUCUGUUGGUUCUGACGAAAGACUCGACUCUUACUCACCUUUCAAAUGAACUGGUUCAGUUGAACGUCAACGAACUCAUCAACAGAUCUUUGACUUUGAAGUUUGUAGGCCAGCAGAGUUGCAGUAGGGCCAGUUUGUCAGAAAUGCUGGACAUCCUAUGUGUACAAGGAUUGUGGUCGCACAUCUUGUCAGCAGUUAACCUUAUCAAAUAUUAUGACGUCAUGCAUAAUAAAUAUUUAACUUUGAAAUCAUUCAGUGAUCGAACCAAAAAAUUAGUAAUUCAGUUUGAAGAAUAG